AUGAACACCGUCUUCAUCGGUCAAAUCAUCGGCAUCGUCCCCAUCUCGGCCAUCCUGCUCUUCCUCCUGGCCAAGCUGGUUUCUCGCCACCGUCUCAGCCACAUGGAGGACGGUCACGGCCACGCCGUGCUGAUCACCGGCUGCGACAGCGGCUUCGGACACCAUUUGGCUCGAUGCUUGAACCACAAAGGGUUUGUGGUCUUCGCUGGGUGCUUGUAUCCAGAGGGGAUCGGGGCCCAGAGUCUGAUCAGGCAGACGUCCAGCAGACUGAAAAUCCUCAAGCUGGACGUCACCAAGGAUGAAGACGUGCAGCAGGCGAAGAAGCUGGUCCAGGAGAACCUGCCGGAGAAGGGUCUGUGGGCCGUCGUGAACAACGCUGGGAUCAGCGACUGGGCCGAGAUCGAGUGGAGCACGUUUGAAGAUUUCCGCAACAUGGUCGACAUCAACCUAUUUGGCUGCAUCAGGACCUCCAUCGCAUUCCUGCCUCUGGUUCGUGCUGCUAAAGGUCGAAUGGUUUACGUGUCGAGCAUCUUCUCCUUCUUCAACUGCCUGAACAUGGGAGCGUACAGCGUGUCCAAGAGGGGCCUGGAGGCCUUCGCAGAUUGCUUGAGAGUGGAAAUGGCCAGUUUUGGUGUGAAGGUCAGCAUCAUCCAGCCGGGUAAUUUCGGCCAAGCCACAAACAUCGUGAGGAUGAAGUCAGGUCUGGAUAUCUGGGAGAAACUCGACGACGAGCGAAAGCAGACCUUCAACCGACAGUACAUCGAGCUGGCCAGCGAGUACUUCAUCUCGACGUGCAAGGCGGGAUUCAAGGACACGGCGCUGGUCAUCAACGCCAUGAUGCACGCAGUCAUGUCCCGGCAGCCGAAGUACAGAUACCUGCUGGUUUCAGUGCUGGACCAGGUUUUCUUCCGGCUGCACCCGUUUCUGCCCACGGCCUUCACAGACGCAGUGUUUUCUCUCAGCUCCAUGUACGUGAAAAGAAAAGAAAUGCUUUAUGCCAAGUAGGAAAAACACUCGUCGGUACAGUGAGAGAUACUCUGUGUUUGUUGACAAUGUUCUGUUGUGUUUAUUUUGUAUUAUUUGAGCAUUAUGAAUGUUAUUAUAUUUUUAUUAUUGGUCUUGCGUGCUUCCUAGUUUUCCCUACAUUUCCUAAAUAAUACGUGUGAACAUAUUGAUCUAAACAUAUAUAUGAUUAUAUCUUAUCCCGACCGAGCAGAUACACCAUCAUGUUUGUGUGUGUGUGUGUUGUACAGAAUAUAUUCAGAGCAUCGUUACCACUGAGUUGAAAUGAGCUGUUUGUUCAUUUGUGUCUAACUCUUCAUAAAAAUCAAUAAAAACU